AGGCUGGGAUCGGGUGGGGGCGGAGAGCAGAAGGAGCUGUAGCAUUGGGACUUGGUUGAAAAGUAGGACUGUGAGUUUGUCUGUGUGAACACAUGAGGAAAAGAGAGGGAAGACAAAAGAGACAUGACAAGGAUUCAAAUAGGAUGUGGAGCAACAAAACAACGCUUCUCUCGCAGCUGACCUGGACACAAACAGGAAGAGAAAGCACAAAGUAGAAGUGCAUGAAGGAUAGAGGACUUGCCUGAACAAGAGACAGAAGAAGACUGGCUUCUAGCUGUGGAGGCGUGCACUCACUCACCCAAGGAGAGGAAUAAGCACUGAGUCAAACCAGACAGGAAGAGAGUGAGGGGGGAGGAGGAGGAGGAGGAGGAGGAGGAGGUGAUUGGGGUAAAAGAAAUCAUAAGAAAGAAAAAAAAGAGGCACUCUUGAGGGAGACAGUGUGUGUGUGUGUGUGUGUGGGAGAGAGAGAUUCAGCCGGGGAGAACGAGCCGUGGAGGGAGGAGGAAAUCUGAAAACAGAGGAGCAGAGAACUGCUGAGUAUUGAGCAAGGUGAAGUGAGACUGAGGGCGAGGGGGCUCGUGGGUGAAGUUCGCAGCAGGGGAGAGGUAUGAGGGGACUCUUGAAGUCACUCUUCUCUUUGGCGAUCACUCUCCUCUGUUUGGGGAGCCUGCUGACCACUUUCAUCUGGUACAUGUUCGACCACAACAAUGUGGAACCUCGCAAACCACAUCCUCAAAAGAAAAGCACCCCUCAGUCCUCUGAGAUUUGUAAAGGCUGUAGGGAGGUCAUCGACAAAGUAAUGGAGCGUUACUCUCAAAGCUGGGAGAGGCAGGAGGACAAUUACCAGAAAUUCAGAGCUCAGCUGAACAACAAGUGCCAUGGUUUUGACAAGGCCAUCAUUACCCAGGCCAACACUCCAGUGGGAUCAAAGCUUGCGUACGACGGGGAAAAGAAGAGGAUUCUCCAGGUGACCCCGGAGAUUUUCAGCACCUUCGCAAAGGAGCGUCCUUUCCCAAACAAAACAUGGGACACGUGUGCUGUUGUUGGGAAUGGAGGGAUCCUGACCAACAGUGGCUGUGGAAAGGUGAUUGACUCAGCUCAGUUUGUUAUCAGGUGCAACCUACCUCCUUUGGAAAACGGCUAUGAGAAACAUGUGGGCAUCAAGACCGACCUUGUGACUGCAAACCCAAGCAUCUUUUUAGAGAAGUAUGGGGGUCUAAUGGGGCGUCGCCGUCCAUUUGUGGAGAGUCUACAUAGCUAUGGCAACUCCCUGCUGCUCAUUCCCGCCUUCUCCUACGGCCACAACACUCCUGUGUCCCUGCGGGUUGCCUACUCACUUGAGGACUUUAAAAGCUCCACCCGGCCCAUCUUCUUCAACCCUGAGUACCUCCACAGUCUGGCCCUCUUCUGGCGCUCCCAAGGCCUACGAGCAGUACGCCUCAGCACUGGCAUAAUCAUGGCCAGCCUGGCACUGGAACUCUGUGCCAACGUGGAUUUAUACGGGUUCUGGCCCUUUAGCAAUCACCCACAUGGAUUCCAUACCCUGACUAACCACUACUACGAUGACAGACAAACUAAAGUGAAAUUUCACGCCAUGCCAGCUGAGUUUGAGCUCUUGUUGCGGCUGCACAGUCAAGGGGUGCUAAGGCUUCACCUGGGAGAUUGUCAACCAAGUGAAAAGUAGUUCCUAGACCGAGUGGCAGCUGACAAGACAGGAGCCAAGUGCCUUUUUUGUAGCCUCAGGAUAAAGCCAGUUAAGUAAAGUAUUUUUAAAUGAAUAGACAGAUACGGUAUAUUUUGGCUGGUGAACUGAAUUAACUGUGUCAUUGCAAGUGUGACUUGCAUUAAAUGCUGAAAUGGCCUAUCAGCAGCCAAGACAUUGCACUCAUAAUGCAACAAUCAUGCGGCUGUAAACAGUCUUAUAAUGUAACUAAAACUGUAUUUAUUACCACACAUGUUCCAGCUGGAGUCUGGAGGGAGCUAUUUUGAUUUAAAUCAGAAUCAUUUGUGAGGCCUGUGUGGGGGUCUACAUUGUAGUGCCUUAUUAUGUUAAUCUAACUAAUGACUGACCAUGGAAACUGAAUGUAUUUAGAAGAAAAUACCUCCUUUACAUGAAGAUUGUUCGGAUAAAACAGCAGCACACUGAAUGUGAAGAAUGUUUUGAGAACGUCACACAUUGAACCACUUUGACAAAUAUUCUGACAACUGUUGAUACGUCCUCUUUACUACACUUUAAUCACACAGUUGUUGUAAAAGGCUGGUGCUUGCAUGCGGAAGAUCGUUUCCGCACACUCCAUCAUCACUGACACUGCUGGAUGUGAUACAGACAUAAAGGCAGGCCUCAGAUCUCAGAGUGCCUGCAGGAGUUGUUUCCUAGGAGUGUAAACUACAAACCAUCACGGCUGCCCUCUGUGGGUCGUGGUCAUCAGAGGAGCUUAUUAAGUGAGACUCGGAGCCAAGGACUACACCACAGAAAGUAAAACUAUACAAUAUCACCACCAGUAAGCCUCCUCACAGAGCUUGCUGUGUUACAGUGUACUAUGCCUCGUCACCACACUGACCAGACAUAUAAGAUCUACAAUAAGUACUGUCACGAAGUGGCAACAUACACAUAUUGGUACAAUGUUAGUUUGGAAACAAAUUCUUUUUAAGUUGUUGUAAAUUCUAAAUCAAUGCAGAUUUACUGACUUCAAUGUAAGGUGAUAUGAUGAUUGUGAAUUGUGCACUUUGAGUGAAAAUCGUAACCUUUGGGUAAGCUUUCUUCUCUAACAUUUUGCAUCAAGAGUCUUGUGCAAUUGGAAGUAUUACCUUUCAUGCUGACAGUCUUAAUAGUGAUUUUUGUCAUCCAGAGAAAUGAUCUACCAUAGUUUAGGUGACCAAACUUGAGAACCAAGCCAAUUUGAGCCAGUUGUAGAAUCAUUUCAGUAUUUGUGAUUUUGUUUUUGUGAACAGGAACCGAAGGUGAUCAAGUGAAUCAGUGAAUAAAUAUUUAUCAGGAGACUGGAUUGAAAUUCACUUGUCUAACCUGUAAGAAAAAAGCUUUAUCCCAGAUG